AGAAUCUCUUCCAAGAAUCAAACCGUUUUCACGUCACCGAGACCUCUCUCUCUCUCAUCGCCUCCUCGCUUCACCGCCGUCGUCGUCGUCGUCGUCGUCCCUAUUUGCCCCCACCGCCGAAUCUGGGUAUGUGCGGAUGAAUCUUUUUUCGUCAUAUUCGUGUGAUGAGAGAUAUGAACUCCCAAGCUGAAGUAGACCAAUGGGAAGCUCUUGAUCUCGGCGAUUCUGAACUCCCGUCUUUUCUCCGCCCUUGUAAACGCAAAUCUCCGACGAGGUCUCUGCAACCGCAUGCGCAACAACAGAAUCCAAAGGCGGGUUUUAAUAGUAACACUAAUCACCGUCCCACUCUUCGGCGCUGCUCCUCGCCGGAUAAGUUUCUUGAGGAGAGUUAUUCUCGCUCCUUGAUUCCAGGACCUGCUGGAGUUGUUCAAGUUGCAAUCCGUAGAAAGAUGAAUAAGGAUCCUAAAUCGUUUAAUGAGCAUGGAGAACCAAUUCCAACUCAAGAGUUCUUACGUAAGGCAGCAGAAGAGCCUGAUUGGGAAGACAAGGAUUUCUCUGAGGACCCCUGGGUCUCUACUGUUGAUUACAUUCGAAGUGAAGGUUUGUUGAGCAAUGGUGGAAAUGCUAUAGGGACACCAGUGAGCGAGAUUAAGAGAAGAUGUGACAGUUGGGGUAAAGUUGAUCAGGUCGUGGCAAUUGUCAAAACUUGCACUCCGAAUGGUCUAGGUGAUGUCAUGGUGACUCUUAAGGAUCCCACUGGAACAAUUGAUGCCAGUGUGCACAGAAAAGUUAUCUCCGAGAGUGAGUUUGGUAGAGAUAUACGAGUUGGCGCAGUGGUGAUACUUAAGCAGGUUGCAGUCUGCGCACCCUCACGUUCAUCAACCUAUCUUAACAUAACACUGAAGAACAUCUCCAAGGUUAUCACAAAGGAUACUCCUGUUUUACCAAACCAGAACGAUUCUGAGAUGAGUGCCAAGAAUCAUGUUUCUGUGAAUGGUUUACCAAAGCAGAACGAUUCUGAAAUGAGUGGCAAGAAUCUUGUUCCGGUGAAUGAAAACGAGGAAUAUUUGCGACUGCAACCCAAUGUGUUUAGUGUUGAGCAAAGCACUACUCAAGGCAUCAUGAACAAUCUCAGACAAAAUGCUAAAGGAAGCAGUGAAGCACUGCAUGACAUAGAAAUGGUAGAUAUUAAUCCUGCAGAGGGAAGCAAAUCCUCUCCUAAAAAGGGUGUGACAAAGAAUCACUGUGAAGUUAGAAUGGAGCAGACUCUCUUGGGAAAACAUGAUUCAAUCAGCCAAACAGAGCAGCAACUGUACGAAGAUGUAGCUACUGAGACUGAUAUAGCUGAUUGCAUUAGACCCGCGAAACAGAUCAGAAGAAGUUCUCAAUCGCAGAUUGAUGAGCAAGAGAGUGUAAUGGGGAACCCUGAUGAAGUCACAACUCGAACUACAAUCCACAAAUCUCAAUCGAUGGCGUCAACAAUCUCGUUGCCACAAUGGACGGACGAGCAACUUGAAGAACUCUUUGCUUUUGACUGAAAUAGACAGUUUGGCUUUCUUUUGAUAUAGGAAGGAAUCCACUUUUCUAGAUAGAGAGCAAUGAAAUAGAAUGUAAAGCCGUGACAGAGAUGCUGAAACUACUGACAGAAAUUUUCAACCACCAAGGGAAUCAAAUACCCAUCACGACCAUACGUGGAAGUAUGGAAGCGACUCUCCUAUUUGAAGUUAUUUGUUAGGUAGACCUUAAGCUACCAACCAUUUGUUUAGUUUACUAGUGUGAGAGACAUAAGCUAUGCAUACAACCAUUAAUUAACAGCAUUAGUCAGAACAAUGGUUACUAGUUAUUGAGAUGAUGAUGACAUUUCACCUUCGGGUUCCCACUGUUCUCUCUUCAACUACUGAACCAUGUUUCUUGGGACAUGAUUUUGGGCUCGGACUUUUGAGGCUUUUCAGAAUCGUGACUUUGCAACCCCUUAAUAGCUACAACAUUGCCAAACCUU